UACCGGAGAUAGCGGUGGGUGGAGACGGCCGGCGUUGUCAAGAGACGCACACAUUCUCACAGAUUCCAUGCGGAUGCGCUGAAUUUGCCAAUUUGUUCGUAGGAAUUCUCCCAAUCAACAACACUGCGAUUUAUGCAUUUGUAGAAGCCACACAGAAAGCUGACACCAUGACAGCAGAGGAGACGAUCAACAUCAAAGAAGUGGAGAUCAUCAAGCUGAUUUUGGACUUCCUCAAUUCCAAAAAGCUCCACAUCAGCAUGCUGGCCCUAGAAAGGGAGAGUGGGGUCAUCAAUGGCCUGUACUCUGAUGACAUGCUUUUCCUGAGGCAACUUAUACUGGAUGGCCAAUGGGAUGAGGUCCUACAGUUCAUUCAGCCACUUGAAAGCAUGGAUAAGUUUGACAGAAAAAAGUUCCGAUAUAUUAUCCUGAAGCAGAAGUUUCUAGAAGCCCUGUGUGUGAACAAUGCCAUUGCAGCUGCCGAUGAUCCUCAGACUCUAGAGUUCACCAUGCAGGAGGCGGUGAAGUGCCUGCACUCCCUGGAGGAGUUCAGCCCCAGCAAGGAGGACUACAGCAAGCUGUGCCUGCUCCUGACGCUGCCACGCCUCACGCACCACGCCGAGUUCAAGGACUGGAACCCCAGCACAGCGCGUGUGCACUGCUUCGAGGAGGCCUGCGUCAUGGUGGCCGACUUCAUCCCGGCCGACCGCAAGCUGAGCGAGGCGGGCUUCCGCGCCUCGGCCAACCGCCUCUUCCAGCUGCUCAUCAAGGGCGUGCUGUACGAGUGCUGCGUGGAGUUCUGCCAGAGCAAGGCCACGGGCGAGGAGAUCAGCGAGGGCGAGGUGCUGCUCGGCGUGGACGUGCUCUGCGGAAACGGCUGCGACGACCUGGACCUGAGCCUGCUGUCGUGGCUGCAGAACCUGGCGCCGGGCGUGUUCGCGUGCGCCUUCGAGCAGAAGACGCUCAGCAUCCACGUGGACCGGCUGGUGAAGCCGUUGCGCGCCGGCCACGUCGACCUGCUCACACCGCUCAUCAGCAAGCUGUCGCCGUGCCCGGCCUCACCGCUGCGACGCCCGCUGUCGGCCGACACCUACAUGUCGCGCUCGCUCGCGCCCGCCCUGGACGGCCUGUCUCACGGCCUGGCGGGGAAGGACAAGAAGAAGGAGUCAGACGCCAGUGGGAAGGGGGAGGCCAUGUCCCGCUCAUUUGCCAGCUAUGGGAGUCAAGGAGGGGGACCCAACGUCACCAAAAACCUGGAUAACACUGUCUUUCAAGAUUCUUCUGAUAGUUGUAGGACGCAAGCAUCAGCACCUUCGGGUCCCAGUAGUACACGUCCACCUCUAGCACCAGGCAGAGAUGGAGGACCAGCCAACUCUGCUGAUGGGACUGAGCCGCACGACUCUGUGGAGCAGCUGCAAGAGUACCAGCGGCAGCGCCUGCGGGUGCAGCAGCACUUGGAGCAGAAGCAGCAGCAGCGGCAGCUCUACCAGCAGAUGCUGCUGGAGGGGGGCGUGCACCCGCCGCAGGGGCCACACCAGGACCAGCACAACCUCACCGAGAAGUUUCUCAACAGGUCCAUCCAGAAGCUGGAGGAGAUGAACAUGGGGAUGGACAACCUGGCGGAGGACGUGCAGUCUUUGGCCCAGCAGUGUAAUGGCACCGCAACCAAGACGGGCACCCCGGCGCCGCCUGUCCCGCCCACCCCGGCUGGCACCACCCGAACCCCUGAUAUUGGAGAUCCGGGACAGGGCAAGGCAGGUGUGGUGAGCAGCACCCCGCAGAGAGGAGAUGGAAGGGGCAUGCCAUCACUGGAUGAGUCCCCGGUCCUGCUGACCCAAAGUGGUCAGAAGGAUGGGGUGAAGAGGCCAGCUACCCAAGACCAGACCUCUCUAGUGAAGAAAGGCGGCCAUGAGGACGGCCAGCCCACGUCCCAGUUUGUUGCUGUGAGUACGCUGGAAGACACACAGGCUGUGCGGGCGGUGGCGUUCCAUCCCUCCGGGGGUCUCUUCGCUGUGGGCUCAAACUCCAAAACUCUGCGGGUGUGUGUCUGCCCAGACACCUCAAAGGGAAGGGGGACUAGCCCAAACAAAGAGCCUGAGGUUUGCUUCAAGAGGAUAAAGCAUCACAAGGGCUCCAUCUACUGUGUGGCAUGGAGUCACUGCGGACAGCUGCUGGCCACUGGCUCCAAUGACAAGUAUGUGAAGGUGCUGCCUUUCAACGCUGACACCUUCAAUGCCUCAGGACCUGACCUGGAGUUCAGCAUGCACGAUGGCACCAUCAGAGACCUGGCCUUCAUGGAGGGCCCCGAGAGUGGGGGCACCAUCCUGAUCAGUGCGGGCGCUGGAGACUGCAACAUCUACACCACCGACUGCCAGAGGGGCCAGGGUCUGCACGCGCUCAGUGGCCAUACUGGGCACAUCCUAUCUCUGUACACAUGGGGAGGCUGGCUUAUCGCCUCCGGCUCGCAGGAUAAAACGGUCCGAUUCUGGGACCUGCGUGUUCCCAGCUGUGUGCGUGUGGUGGGUACAGCACUGCACGGCUCAGGUAGUGCCGUGGCAUCAGUGGCUGUGGACCCCAGUGGUCGUCUCUUAGCCACCGGUCAGGAGGACAGCAGCUGCAUGCUGUACGACAUCCGAGGGGGCCGGACAGUGCAGACCUACCGGCCGCACGGCAGCGAUGUGCGGUCAGUCCGUUUCUCCCCAGGGGCACACUACCUGCUCACCGGAUCCUACGACGGCAAAGUGAUGAUCACAGACCUGCAAGGUGACCUGACCAAGCCUCUCCCAGUGACGGUGGCAGGAGAACACGGGGACAAGGUGAUCCAGUGCAGGUGGCACCCGCAAGACCUCGCCUUCCUCUCUUCUUCGGCCGACAGGACUGUCACGCUUUGGGCGCAAAACUCAUGAGCCACUGAGAGCACAGUGACCGUGUGGGCUGGGAGGGAGACUGAGAAAGUGAAAACGGUGAAAGAGGAAGGACGAGGAAAAGAGGAUGAGUCAAAGGAUGGGAACAGAGAGAGCUGAAUGGAAAAGCACAAAGACUGGAAUCCUCCAAAACGCCUCCCCUGCCCCCCCCCCCCCUCCCCCAUCCCCCAUCCCAUGUGCUGGGGACCACGUGUAAGCUUGUACAUUAACAGAUAGAGAAAAGGCCUGCUUCAAGGACUGUGCCCAUGUCCACCAAAAAAACAUGUGUGAGUGUAUAUGGGAGUGAGUGAGACUAGUGUGCAUUGAAGAGAAAAGUAUGACCAGAACAUCUAAACUGACAUUUGUAAAGACUUAACCAACUAUUAAGUACAUACAUACAUACAUACAUACAUACAUACAUACAUACAUACAUACAUACAUACAUACAUACAUAAAUAAAUAAAUAGGGGUGGGUGAAAUACUGAGGGUUUUUUCCUAUUGAUGAUGAUGGAGCAACAAUGGAAUCUCUGUAUUGCACUGUAUAUCUAUGCUCUACGUGCUUCUUCUGCAUGUGCUUUGGGUUGGGUAACUUUAAUCUAAUGCAGCAUUGCAGCCCAGAGUUUGUCCUAUGUUAUACAGCUCGCUAACUGUAGGCUACAAUCAGACAACAUUCUGUUUCACUGGAGUUGCAUGUCUGUGGAUUCAUUAGAAGUCGCACAAAUAUUGGCAUCAAGCGCACAUUGGUCAAAGCACAGCUUCUAUAUCGAGCUGUUACAAAGUGGUUUAGUGUAGGGCAGGUAAAAUGUUAAUUCUUUGUGAAAAAACAUGGUGCCUUGAGUAAGAAGUUCCACUGUUAAAUCAAUAUGAAUAAAAUGUGUUAACUCUCAA